AUGCGAAGGGGUAUCCUCCUUCACAAGCUUAUUCUACUUGAGCUUGUUCUCGGAGGAUGGCAAGGCUAUAAUCUAUUUUGGCCAAGACCGACGUACGGGUGGUGGCUAUCUGUUGCCGCCACGUGCCUUCAUAUAUCCAAUGGUUUGCACAACGUUAUCGCCUGGAUGAAGAUCAAGCCUUUCAUGACCAAGCGGAGCAGUCGAUUUUUUAUUGGGACAAUUGUCCUUGUGCAGCCAUACUGGAUACUGGAGGUCUAUGCAACAUUUGCAUUCUUCAAUGACCUGCCCAACAGCAACCUUUUCUCGAAGACCAGGCCUAUUGAGACCAUCUUCCGCGAUCCUUGGUGGGUUGCUGCUUGCAUCAAGCUGGUCUGGACUCUGAAAAUGCAUUACGACAUGACUUUCGGCCAGGUCAUCAUGAUAUCGCCACGAUUUGCUGUUAUGCUAGCCGCUAUGGUUUUGAGCAUUGUGUUCUGUCUGCUCGACAUACUCUCGGUGACGGGCGUGCUUUCGGAUGCUUUGCCUACGGGCGUCAAUCCGUUCUGGAAGCUCGCAUUGGUAUUCAAGUGUCUCACAGACACUCUUGUCCUGGACGACUUCAAGACGGCGCUGGACAAGUUGUGGUCACUGAGGAGGGAGAGUCUUGGGUCUUCGGCCCCACUGGUGACGAGCCGAGAUUCUCACAAUGCAAAGAGGAGGAAUGAGGAUGUGGGCCACUUUCCCGCACAACCUCCACCUAGGAGGCAUUUCCCCGCAAAGCUGGCGAUCAUUGAUGCCGAGACGUUUGCAAUGGAAUUGAUUCACACGAGGGCACUAAACAUUGAAGGUAUCACAGAAACCCUGAUUUUCCUUCCCCCUGACUGUGUUCCCAUACGUUCGAAAAUGACAGGAAAGGGCUUUGAGAAGGUCAUUAUCGUCGGUGCAGGACCCUCCGGGCUCCUGCUCGCUCUAUUGUUAUCAAAGCAUGGUAUUCCCGUCACGGUUGUCGAGAUGUCUCAUGAGCUAGACCAACAGCCUCGUGCCGCCCAUUAUGGGCCAGCGGCCGUCCCAGACUUGAAGCGGGCUGGGAUUCUAGACAAGAUAAAGAGCGAAGGAAUGAGCCUAGACACGAUGUGCUGGCGCCGUGCCGAUGACCACGGCUACAUUGCUGGAUUCAAUGCGCAGGUCAUUGCCAACGUCGACGGCAAUGAUCUGCGUACCGUGUGCCUUCCGCUGCAGGAUUUGGACAAGCUCAUGCUGGACCUCUUUUUGGAGAAAUAUAACGGCAACAUUUUGUGGAAGCACAAGGUCAUCGACGUUGGCCAGGAUGAGAAGAAGGCGUGGAUCGAUGUUGAGGCUCCGGAGGGCAAGAAGAGGCUCGAGGCAGACUACAUUAUUGGGUGUGACGGGGCGAAUAGCGCCGUCCGAAGGGCGUUGUUUGGUAAUGACUAUCCUGGCUUUACUUGGGACGCCCAGAUUAUCGCAACCAAUACCUAUUAUGAUUUCGAGGGAAAGUUUGGCUUUCACGAUGCAAAUUUCAUUAUACAUCCGGAAAACUUCUUUAUGGCAGCAAAGAUUACCACGGAUGGACUCUAUCGCGUUACAUAUGGCGAAACACCUGGUUUGUCUACCGAAGAAUAUAAACAGAGGCAACCAUGGAAAUUCGAAACUAUGCUUCCGGGUCAUCCAAAGCCAGACGAUUACAAGAUGAUCAACUUCGCACCUUACAAGAUGCACCAACGAUGCGCAACCAAAUUCCGAGUCGGUCGUGUCCUUCUCGUAGCCGACGCUGCGCAUCUGUGCAACCCGUGGGGCGGGCUCGGCAUAACAGGGGGGUUCGUUGAUUGCGGCGGCCUCUACGACUGUCUCGCUGGGAUAUGGGACGGCAAAGCGGACGACUCCAUCCUGGACCUUUAUAGUGAAAAGAGGAUCGAGAAGUGGAAGACCGUCAUUGACCCUAUUUCUCAGGAGAACUUUCGUCGUGUGUCAGACAAAGAUCCCGCGACAAGAUAUGACAGAGACGAGUUUUUGCACCUGCUUACCCAGGGAGAAACGGACAAGGCUUUCUUAAAAGACUUGUUGAUGGGCACCUUUGAUGUGAGAUAUGAUUUCACGCAACACUACCGGGAUGCAGCGAAGGCGGCGUGA